GAGUUAUCGCGAGUUGACCCAGCUCUAAUUUACAAAUAAAGCUAUAUAGCUAUAACUAUAAAUUCCUGGUUGUGUUGUUGUUCUUUUUUUUCGUUCCGUUGCAUAGCACGCUAAUAUAAAUAUCCGAAAGUUAGAUAAAGACCAGCCGAUUCCAGAAUGCUUUCGCUGCAGAACCAACGGCAACCGAAGACCACCCCCCUGGUGGACGACUACGAGAUCUCGGACACGGUACUGGGUCUCGGGAUCAACGGAAAGGUGGUGCAGUGCACCCACCGCCGCACCAAACAGAACUAUGCCCUCAAGGUGCUGCUGGAUAACGAGAAAGCGCGCCGCGAGGUGGAUCUCCAUUGGCGGGUCAGCGGAUGCAGGCACAUUGUGAACAUCAUCGAUGUGUACGAGAACACCUAUAGCGGCAGGAAGUGCCUCCUGGUGGUCAUGGAGUGCAUGGAGGGCGGUGAGCUCUUCCAGAGGAUUCAGGACAAGGCCGAUGGUGCUUUCACGGAGCGCGAAGCGGCCCAAAUAAUGCACGAGAUCUGCGCGGCGAUAGACUAUCUGCACAGUCGCGAUAUCGCACACCGCGACCUCAAGCCGGAGAACUUGCUGUACACCACCUCACAGCCGAAUGCGAUCCUCAAGCUGACGGACUUUGGCUUCGCCAAGGAGACAUUCUCCAAUGACACGCUGCAGACGCCCUGCUACACCCCCUAUUACGUGGCUCCUGAAGUUUUGGGUCCUGAGAAGUAUGACAAGAGCUGUGACAUCUGGUCGCUGGGCGUGGUGAUGUACAUCAUUAUGUGCGGAUUCCCGCCGUUCUACAGCAACAACGGUAUGGCCAUUUCGCCCGGCAUGAAGAAACGCAUCCGCACCGGCCAGUACGAUUUCCCCGAUCCGGAAUGGACGAAUGUGAGCCCAGCGGCCAAGGAUCUGAUCAAGGGCAUGUUGAACGUGGAUCCCAGCAAGCGUUUGCGUAUCCAGGACGUCAUCCGCAACAAGUGGAUCGCCCAGUUCAAUGCCGUUCCACAGACGCCACUUUGCACGGGUCGGAUGCUCAAGGAGGGCGAAGAAACCUGGCCGGAGGUGCAGGAGGAGAUGACGCGCUCGCUGGCAACCAUGCGCGUGGACUACGAUCAGAUGCAAAUCAAGGCGCUGGACAAGUCGAACAAUCCGCUGCUCACGAAGCGCAGGAAAAAGAUCGAGGAGAUCUUCAAUGCGACACGCAACUAAUCGGGAAAGCCAGAGCAACUAACACGGCCAAUCGCGGAGUGAGAUGGGCGUAGGACGUAGGAUGGGUGAACCAUCGGAUUAACACUUAAGCGGAAAAGUUGUACAAUGCUUUACAGAAACGAUAACUACUACUACUACUAUACUACGACGACAGCAUCAACUGCUAUUAACUACUACGAUAACAACAAACCUUUACAAAACAACUACUCCAUGUUAUGUUACGUUACGUUUUCUUAUUCUUUUUGUCCAUUAUCUAUGUAUAAUCCAUUUCCAGUAAAGGGUUCUUAGGGUAUUUUGUAGUCUGAAAAGUGCUCUUUUUUUGAAAGGAAACUAAAAGCGUAAAAAUAUCGAACUUAAGAAAAGCCAAGAGCAAGCCUAGCUAGCCAGCCGAAUUUUCAAUAUGCCUCGGUAUCGCGUGAAACUGUUUCGUUUUCGACUCUUUUUUUGAAACGUGUAAUUUGUAACCGAUUUUUUUUUAACGUGUACGUGACUUUGAUUAUAAUUAUAUAUGUAUAUGUAUAACCGUGUGUAUAUGUAUGUAUGGUAUAUGUGAGGAGAAAAACAACAAACAAUUAUACAGCCAGUUGACGUUAGCAUUAAACUGCGAAAAAUUCAGUGUUGGUUAUAACUUUUAUUUGCUGACUCUGCAAGCGAUAUACCAUUUUACCGUAUAGCGUAUUUGUAGUCUAUAAACAACAAAAUCCCCCAAAUAAAUAAAAAACAAAUCAAGCUUA